AGUUGAUUUUAAGACGCCAUUCCGUGCGCGUUCGCUUGCGUUCAGAGUUCUUUCAGAACGCGCGCCCAAUUAAACUAGUUAUUAGAUCGACAUUAGUGCGUUCCGCUCGGUGAUCGCAGAAAUAGUCGAAAACAAAACAACACCGCUCGUGAAUUUACAUAAUUAAGUAAAGACAACAACAUGACGAACACCGAUUUGCGAAAGAGAAAACUGGCCACGGAUGAGAAACCGCCGCGGCGGAAAAGCAGUGGUUCCCCAAAUGCCAGCAGCGGUGGAAACCGCGGUCCCAGCGGCCUGAAGAUCUCCUUCCUGUGCCUGGUCAUCUCCGUCAUCCUGCUGCUUUUUGUGUUCGGUGUGUACCAUUUGUAUUAUGUAAAAGACAAUGUCGUCUCGAAACCUGUACUAACUAAACCCUCUGAUUUUCCAACUGUUACUGUACGCUACUCUGAUGUGGAACCUCAUUUUUCGCCUUCUGUUCGCCGUGUUGUUACUAAAAAACCACCAACUACACAACCACCAACCACUGAUGAUGCAGGCUUUGUCUCCGAGAAUGCCAGUCCGUAUUUGGCCCGUUUGGCCUCCAAAUUUGGCUACAGCAAGGUCCAGUAUGCGGCCAUCAUCGAUGCAGGAUCCACGGGCAGCCGUGUGUUGGCCUACAAGUUCAACCGCAGCUUUAUCGACAACAAAUUGGUGCUCUACGAGGAGCUGUUCAAGGAGCGCAAGCCGGGCUUGAGCUCAUUUGCAGAUAAUCCCGCCGAGGGUGCCCACUCUAUUAAACUCCUGCUGGAUGAAGCCAGAGCCUUCAUACCCAAGGAGCACUGGUCGUCCACGCCGCUGGUUUUGAAGGCCACAGCUGGCUUGAGACUUCUGCCCGCCAGUAAGGCGGAAAAUAUCCUAAAUGCCGUCCGCGAUCUCUUUGCCAAGUCCGAGUUCAGUGUGGAUAUGGAUGCCGUGGAAAUUAUGGAUGGCACGGACGAGGGCAUCUUCAGCUGGUUCACCGUGAACUUCCUGUUGGGCCGCUUGUCCAAGACGAAUCAGGCAGCUGCACUAGAUUUGGGUGGCGGCAGCACACAGGUCACCUUUUCGCCAACGGAUCCGGAACAGGUGCCCGUGUACGAUAAGUACAUGCACGAGGUGGUUACCUCCAGCAAGAAGAUCAAUGUGUUCACCCAUAGCUAUCUGGGACUGGGAUUGAUGGCCGCCCGCCAUGCCGUCUUUACGCAUGGUUACAAGAAGGAGGAUUCGGUGCUGGAGAGCGUCUGCGUGAAUCCGAUAAUCGCUAAUCGUACGUGGACGUACGGAAAUGUCAACUACAAGGUUAGUGGCAAGGAGAACGGCAAGUCGAGUGCCGAGCAGCCCAUUGUGGACUUUGAUGCUUGCUUAGAGUUGGUAAAAAGCAAGGUGAUGCCACUGGUCAAGCCCAAGCCGUUCACUUUGAAGCAACAUGCGGUGGCUGCGUUUAGCUACUACUUUGAGCGCGCCAUCGAGUCGGGACUGGUGGAUCCACUAGCUGGCGGAGAGACCACAGUGGAGGCUUACCGCAAGAAGGCUCAGGAGAUCUGCGCAAUCCCCAACGAUGAGCAGCCUUUCAUGUGCUUUGACCUCACCUUUAUCUCGACACUUCUGCGCGAAGGAUUUGGUCUCAACGAUGGAAAGAAGAUUAAGCUUUACAAAAAAAUAGAUGGCCACGAAAUCUCCUGGGCCCUGGGCUGUGCAUAUAAUGUUCUGACUAGCGACGAAAAAUUCAGUAAUUCCUAAUGCUCCUCUAAUAGUCCGUAGUUGAAGAAAUACAUUUUAAAAAGAUUGUUAGCUGAAAUUGUUUAUAGAGUGCCUUAGACGUGCAUCGAGUAUACUACAAUCACACUACAACACACUUACGACACCGACCCAAAAACACUCGGACAUUGCCUAUAUAUGUAUGUGGUCGAUUAAUAUUAUUUGUGUUCUGUAAAAUUCAUUUCAAUUGUCUCUAAUUGAAGCUAACCCACACGGUUACUACACUUACACUUAGCUUUUAGUUUGUAAUUCCAAUUUUGUGUGAUUCGCCAUCUUAGUAAUGCAAUUUUUUGCCAAGAUCUUAACUAUUUAGUCUUUACACUGGUAUCCUCAUGUAUAUAAAUUUACACCAUGCAAACAUUUCAAUUUGUUUUGCACAUAUGCAAAUGUUAGUUUAAUUAUUUUUGCAAAUAAAUCAAAUGUUAACUGA